CCGUCGACAGCAUCAUCAUGUCCAAGCCUGCCGGCAUCAAGGUGCCACAGCAAAAGGGAUGGGAUGAAGACUAGGCUUUGGUUGUAUGCGGUGCACCUAGCCGACUGCGCGGAGCAGCCACAGAAAAAUUAGCCAAAAUGGAAUGAAUUCAUUUGACGCCAUUUCAACAGCCUUCACCAGUGCGCCCUCCCACUUGCCGGCUGCAUUCACGAUUGUCUUGGCGACGGCGAAAAGCCAAAUCCACGCAGCCAGGCCUGCGCCACCUGACUUGGGCGCCGAUCACGCUGACCGUUGCAAAAGCACGCUAGAAUCGCAGAUGCCCCAUCGUGUGGGCGUGAAGUUCUCCCGUAAGCUGGCCUUACCCCGCAUCUUAUGAGAUCUACAGAGCUGGUCUCUGGUCAAAGCCUAUGUCGAACACGGCUCAUUCUUUUUGAGUCUAUCAUUUCACCCGGAGCUGGUC